GGAGAGGAGGCGGGCCUUCCGGUUCUCGCCAAAACUAUUUCCGGCAGGAGCCGGAAGACGGUCCCGGAUGGCCUCGGGGACAACCGUCGUGUGUAGGUGAGCUUUGGGAUUGCCGGUUUUCCCGCGCCCGCCUGUCGCCUCAUGCUGCGGGCCGCGGCCAGCAGCCUCCGCUCGGAUUGGUGGCGCUGAAGCGCGAGGGCAACAAGCGACAUGUCGUCGGGCCUCCGCGCUGCCGAAUUCCCCCGCUGGAAGCGCCACAUCUCGGAGGAGCUGAGGCGCCGGGACCGACUGCAGAGGCAGGCGUUCGAGGAAAUCAUCGUGCAGUAUAACAAGCUACUGGAAAAGUCAGAUCUUCAUUCAGUGUUGGCCCAGAAACUACAAGCUGAAAAGCAUGACAUACCAAACAGGCAUGAGAUAAGUCCUGGACAUGAUGGCACAUGGAAUGAUAGUCAGCUACAAGAAAUGGCCCAGCUGAGGAUUAAACACCAAGAAGAACUGACUGAAUUACACAAGAAACGUGGAGAGUUAGCUCAGUUGGUGAUUGACCUGAAAAACCAAAUGCAGCAGAAAGACAGGGAGAUGCAGAUGAAUGAAGCAAAAAUUGCAGAAUGUUUGCAGACUAUUUCCGACCUGGAGACAGAGUGCCUAGAACUGCGCAGUAAGCUUCAGGACCUUGAAAGAGCCAACCAGACCCUGAAGGAUGAAUAUGAUGCCCUGCAGAUCACUUUCACUGCCUUGGAGGAGAAACUAAGGAAAACAACUGAAGAGAACCAGGAGCUGGUCACCAGGUGGAUGGCCGAGAAAGCCCAGGAAGCCAAUCGUCUGAACGCAGAGAACGAAAAGGACUCCAGGCGACGGCAAGCCCGGCUGCAGAAAGAGCUCGCAGAAGCAGCGAAGGAACCUCUACCAGUUGACCAGGAUGAUGACAUUGAAGUCCUUGUAGAUGAAACCUCUGAUCACACUGAGGAGACCUCUCCCAUGCGAGCCAUCAGCAGAGCAGCCACUAAGCGACUCUCACAGCCUGCUGGAGGCCUUCUGGAUUCUAUCACUAAUAUCUUUGGUCUGUCCGAGUCUCCCCUUUUGGGACAUCAUUCUUCUUCUGAUGCUGCCAGGAGACGCUCUGUCUCCUUCCCAGCCCCCCAGGAUAACAUGGAUACUCACCCAGGUUCUGGUAAAGAAGUGAGGGUGCCAACUACUGCACUGUGUGUCUUUGAUGCACAUGAUGGGGAAGUCAAUGCCGUGCAGUUCAGUCCAGGGUCCCGGCUACUGGCCACAGGAGGCAUGGACCGGAGGGUUAAGCUUUGGGAAGUGUUUGGAGACAAAUGUGAAUUCAAGGGUUCCUUAUCUGGCAGUAAUGCAGGAAUUACAAGCAUUGAGUUUGAUAGUGCUGGGUCUUACCUCUUAGCGGCUUCAAAUGAUUUUGCAAGUCGAAUCUGGACUGUGGAUGAUUAUCGAUUACGGCACACGCUCACGGGACACAGCGGGAAAGUGCUCUCUGCUAAGUUCCUGCUGGACAACGCCCGGAUUGUCUCAGGAAGUCACGACCGGACUCUCAAACUCUGGGAUCUACGCAGCAAAGUCUGCAUAAAGACAGUGUUCGCAGGAUCCAGCUGCAAUGAUAUUGUCUGCACAGAGCAGUGUGUAAUGAGUGGACACUUUGAUAAGAAAAUUCGUUUCUGGGACAUUCGAUCAGAGAGUAUAGUCCGAGAGAUGGAGCUGUUGGGAAAGAUUACUGCCCUAGACUUGAACCCAGAAAGGACUGAGCUCCUGAGCUGCUCCCGGGAUGACCUGCUAAAAGUUAUUGAUCUUCGAACAAAUACUGUCAAGCAGACGUUCAGUGCACCUGGGUUCAAGUGUGGCUCUGAUUGGACCAGGGUUGUCUUCAGCCCUGACGGCAGUUAUGUGGCAGCAGGCUCAGCUGAAGGCUCCCUCUACAUCUGGAGUGUGCUCACAGGGAAAGUGGAGAAGGUUCUUUCAAAGCAGCACAGCUCCUCCAUCAACGCCGUGACCUGGUCCCCCUCUGGCUCACAUGUCGUCAGUGUAGACAAAGGAUCCAAAGCUGUGCUGUGGGCACAGUAUUGACAGGGCUCCUGGGGCCGGGGAACCUCAGCACCCUCCUCCAGAGAAGCACGUGGACUCUGCGGCCGAGUCCGGGCGGGCCGUGUGCCGGGCAUAGCUUUGACUUCCCAGAGAAGAACUUGAGCCAUACAGCUUAGUGGCCUCCUUUGGACGGGAUUCCUGAGGAUUUGACUAGGGUCUCUGCUGGCCUGGAAGAAUAACACUGAACAACUCUGACACUGAGUCCCUUAGCAGAGGUUUGGGCUGUUGGCUCGCAUGGGAAACACUACUAGCUCUGACCUCCAUACCUCACUAGAGGGGCACAGGGCCCCUGAGGUCUCCUCUCUGGACAGCAGUGCCAAAAACACCCCACACAUCCCGUGUUGGUUCCCUGUGCUCUCUCCCGUCCUUCCAGAGUUGGUUCUGGCCUAGUGCAUGUCCUGUCACCUUGGAGUCAUUUGCCCAGUGAACUUGCUUUAAGCAUUAGAUUAAUGGAAACUUCAACGCCGGGCCUGUCCUGGCCCUGGGGGACUGCGGCCCUUGCUGCUAGGCUGCGGUGUUAUUACAGGGCUCUUGUUCUGAAUGCACCUUAUUCUUACUGUGGUUCCUGUCUGUCUCUUCAACUCUUCAGAUCUCUGCCCCCCACCCCCAAUUCUACAUAUUUAUUUCUUAGUCAAGAAAUAAAUCGCAGUUUGGUUUUUAAAAAAAAAAAA